AUGCAAUUGAGACGCGUCAUUUUUGGUGGAGAGGAAGCAAGUCGCGGUGAGUUGAGUGAACUGCUGCGGGUGGAAGUUCAGUCCGAACGCAUUGACACUCACGCGGAUGAUCCAUAG